CUCUCCCAAUUAUUAUUUUCAUUUCUCUCUAGGGCGCCACAUCUCUGUCCAGGUGGGCGACGGGCACCACGCUGCCCGCAUCGCCAGCGAGACCCUCGAAGGUGCCGGCUGCUUCCGCUUCCGCUACCGCAUGGCUUUCCGGGGAGAAAGCACCAAUGCUGAGCUCCGGGUGCUCCUGUCCAGCCCGCAGGGGGAGCGCGUGGUCUGGCGGGCAGCUGGCCACCAAGGUUGGGCCUGGCAGGAGGAGAGGCUUCUUGUUGACAGCGGUGGCGAGUUCCAGGUGGUGCUGGAAGUGGGCGCUGGCGAUUGGUCUGGCACGGGCACCAUCACGGUGGAUGAUGUAGCAUACACGGCCAGAGGCGGGUGCGAGGAGCGGCGCCAGGAGAGCGGUGGUGAAGGGAGCAGCGUCCCCACCCUGCCUUGGGAGGCUGCCGUUGCGUCCGCAGCUGCCUGCGCUCUUUUCGGGGGGCUCCUGGCCUGGGCCGUCACUCGCCGCUGCCGGAAGAAGUGCUGUCCGUCGGAGGCGCCCCAGUUUGAGGCCUUUGACAAUGUUGCCUUUCAAGACGACCAGGUCCGGAUCGUGGAGCUGCCUGUCGGCGCGCCAACUUUCUCCCCAGAAGGCCAUGGGCCAGAUGCCUCCCUUUCUAUCUAGGCACGAUUUCUCUGGACACACCGAUGGCAGACGACACAAAACAAAGGAGAAAACCAUGGCGUUCUUU